UCAAGGCGAGGGGCGGGCCCCACCGGCCGGGCGGUUGGGCCGUGAAGGGAGAGUCUUUUCGGCGCUGAGGACGGGCGCUGAGGAGGCGGCGGUGGCUCCUGGGGCGUUUGAGCGGGCUCACUCGAGCCCGCGGGCCGACGCGGACGCAGGCCCAGCCGGCGGAACCGCCCCGGACUCCCCGCGGGCAUUCCUAGCCGCCAUGGAGGACGGUGUCUACGAGCCCCCAGACUUGACUCCAGAGGAGCGCAUGGAGCUAGAGAACAUCCGGAGGCGCAAGCAGGAGCUGCUGGUGGAGAUCCAGCGCCUGCGAGAGGAGCUGAGCGAAGCUAUGAGUGAGGUGGAGGGUCUGGAGGCCAAUGAGGGCAGUAAGACCUUGCAGCGGAACCGGAAGAUGGCAAUGGGCAGGAAGAAAUUCAACAUGGACCCCAAGAAGGGGAUCCAGUUCUUGGUGGAACACGAACUUCUGCAGAACACACCUGAGGAAAUCGCUCGCUUCCUGUACAAGGGUGAGGGGCUGAACAAGACAGCCAUUGGGGACUACCUAGGGGAAAGGGAAGAGCUAAACCUGUCCGUGCUCCAUGCUUUUGUGGAUUUGCAUGAGUUCACCGAUCUCAAUCUGGUACAGGCCCUGCGGCAAUUCCUGUGGAGCUUUCGCCUCCCUGGAGAGGCUCAGAAAAUCGACCGGAUGAUGGAGGCCUUUGCCCAGCGAUACUGCCUGUGCAACCCUGGGGUCUUCCAGUCUACAGACACCUGCUACGUGCUGUCCUUCGCUGUGAUCAUGCUGAACACCAGCCUUCACAAUCCCAAUGUCAGGGACAAGCCGGGCCUGGAGCGCUUUGUGGCCAUGAACCGGGGCAUCAAUGAGGGCGGAGACCUGCCUGAGGACCUGCUCAGGAACCUCUAUGACAGCAUCCGAAAUGAACCCUUCAAGAUCCCUGAGGAUGAUGGGAAUGAUCUCACCCACACCUUCUUCAACCCAGACCGUGAGGGCUGGCUCCUGAAGCUGGGGGGCCGGGUGAAGACUUGGAAGCGUCGCUGGUUCAUCCUUACAGACAACUGCCUCUACUACUUUGAGUACACUACGGACAAGGAGCCCCGAGGGAUCAUCCCCCUAGAGAACCUCAGCAUCCGUGAGGUGGAUGAUCCUCGGAAGCCGAACUGCUUUGAGCUGUACAUUCCCAACAAUAAGGGACAGCUCAUCAAAGCCUGCAAAACCGAGGCUGAUGGUCGGGUCGUAGAGGGGAACCACAUGGUGUACCGAAUCUCAGCACCCACACAGGAGGAGAAAGACGAGUGGAUCAAGUCCAUCCAGGCUGCUGUAAGCGUGGACCCCUUCUAUGAGAUGCUGGCAGCAAGAAAGAAGCGGAUUUCUGUGAAAAAGAAGCAGGAACAGCCCUGACCCCUGUCCCCAACUCCAUUAUUUAUUUUGGAGGUGCCCCGCCUGGGUGGCAGGACCCCUGGGCCCUGGGGCUGUGGAUCCUGGUUCCCCAUUUGGAAAAUCACCACCUCUCGCUCCUGUCUCCUUAUUUGUAAUUAACAUGUUGGUAAUCUUAUUAAUUAUUUAA